AGCUAGCAAGUUAGCUAACGUUAGCUCGUAAGCAAACGUUAGCCAGCAAGAUUUGGUAGCAAACAUAAUUAAUUCAUUUCCUUUUGGACCCGCUCUUUUUCUGUUCCUGAAGACUGAUUACAUGGACUUAUUUGCAGCAUGUAUCAAGUCCUUUAUUCGUCGUUAAAACAUGUAUAAAAUCAAACUUAACGUUAAUGUUUGUAUCCUUACGCUAGUUGGACUAAUUUGAUGCGCUGUUGUGUUUAGCUAACCUAUCACAUGGGCCUUGGUGAAGGCCCAACUUUAGCCAGCGAGCUAACCAUGUAACAUUGAUAAUUUAGUGAGCUCUUUUGCUGUAAGUUAUAGUUGCACAUUCUAUUUUGACAAUAGCUGGCUAUGUAUUUUUUAAACUAAUGGUGUCGUUAGCUAUCGAGGCUGGUAUAGAACGUUUAGCGUUACAAAAGCUAAUGUUAGUGUCAUUGCUAGCUAGCCCGAAUAGUAACUGAGCAACGAACAUUAAAUAGUUCGUUCGCUAACUAGCUAUAUUAGCUGGCUUAUUUUAAAAAGAAGCAAUUUAGUCUAUCUAGCUAAGUAACCUAGUUGCGCGGUUCAGCCCAAGAUGUCUAAUGUAAGCAGCUCAAUGGUGUAUUUUGUUUGACUAACCACGUCACCCGUGAUAAAUAGAUUGGUGAACGUUACUGUCCCCUUUUUGUAACGUUUUUACCUUCCUUUUAACGUUAAGCUCCACGUUAUAUAAUACGUUACCGAGUUAGUUGCUUUAAAAACUCUGGUUGUAUGUAGUUAAUGACACCGGACAAGCUUCUCUUUAUUGGUAGGUUGUUUGCAGCGCAUAUGCUCGCUUAUUUAUGCAAUGUGGAUACAAACAUUAAACAAUGUCAGCCGUGGUGAUGGUGCUUGAAGUCUACGUUAGUGAAGUUGGCCAUCUGCUGCGUUUCUGGUCAGUGGCAUUUGGCGACUUGUCGAUACCUAGCUUGUUAGCUAGCUGUAUCUUGAAAAGGAUUUGCUAAGACGAGAACAAAGCAUAACUCUUUUAAAUUAGCCAUAUUUACAUGGCUAAUCCUAGCUCACAGUUUGCUGGUUCUAACGUACUUCUGACUAAUGAAUGCUACUAGUAUUGAAGUGAGUGUCUGUGUUUAUGUAACUGAGAUGAAUUCAAAUGCUUCCCAUACCUAUGUUCCAUACAAACUGAACAAUUGUGGCCCCUUUAUUUUAUCUAUAAAGGUUCAGUGUAUCUUUGCCAGCCUACAUCAAUCUGCAAGGGAGUUGCAGAAAAGCCUCAUGUUCAUCGAGCCUUGACAUACUCGAUCAUAAUUACAACACAUUUCAUCCGACCAAGAGAGACAGUCCGCUGAAGCUACUGCAGGGAAAGACUUUAGAAGUGUAGCGUUACCUGUGAGUUGGACCCUGUUAUUUGCUUUCUCUGUGGCUGGUUGAGUAUGUUUUCCAAGUGUUUGUGGUCUCACUGGCUGUUCUGUUUUACCAAACCCUAUUUCAGGUGAUGAAACUCGACAGAGGGUGAAGUUCACUGAUGAACGUGUCUGCAAAAGCCACCUUUUAAACUGCUGUCCUCAUGACAUUCUCUCUGGGACCCGGAUGGACCUGGGAGAGUGCACAAAGAUACACGACCUGGCUCUUCGGGCAGAUUACGAAAUUGCCUCCAAGGAGAGAGACCUCUUCUUUGAACUUGAUGCUGUGGAUCACCUGGAAUCAUUCAUUGCUGACUGUGAUAGAAGAACAGAACUGGCUAAGAAGCGACUGGCUGAAACUCAAGAGGAGAUCAGUGCUGAGGUGGCUGCAAAGGCGGAGAAGGUUCAUGAGCUGAACGAGGAGAUCGGGAAGUUGUUGGCCAAGUCGGAGCAGCUGGGUGCCGAGGGAAACGUGGACGAAGCGCAGAAAGUCCUGCAGGAGGUGGAGAAAGUGCGGAGCAGGAAGAGGGAUGCAGAGGAGGAAUACAGGAACUCCAUGCCUGCCUCUAGCUUCCAGCAGCAGAAGCUUCGCGUCUGCGAAGUGUGUUCCGCCUAUCUAGGUCUCCACGACAACGACCGCCGACUGGCCGACCACUUUGGGGGGAAGCUGCACCUGGGCUUCAUCCAGAUCCGUGAGAAGCUGGAACAGCUGAAGAAAAUGGUGGCGGAGAAGCAGGAGAGGCGGAACCAGGAGCGUCUGAAGAGGAGGGAGGAGAGGGAGCGUGAGGAGAGGACGAGGAAGAGAGGGGAUUCUGCCCUGGCUGAUCCCCCAGCAGAGCUGCAUAGGGGGACUGCUUCAGGGACCAGAUCACGGAGCAGGGAGCGCAGAAGGUCCCGCUCCCGGGAGCGGAGGAGGCGGCGUUCCCGCUCGCUGUCGCGGGAGAAGCGGCGCUCCAGGGAGCGGUCCCGGGAACGCUCCAGGGAUCGGGAGCGCCGGCGCCGCCAUCGCAGCCGCUCCCGCAGCAAAGGCCACCGGCACAGCCGAGACCGGAGCCGGGACCGCAGCCGAGAGCGCAGCUCCAAACACAAGUCUUCGCGGGACCGGGAGCGCUCCUCCAGGGACAGGUCGCGGGACCAGGACAGGAAGAAGGGCUCGUCGGAGCGGCGGCAGGAUGGACUGAACGGGAGGAUGGACUCCCGGAGGCUGGAAGACAGGGAGGCUGGGGAGAUCUGAGGGCCUGCACUGUGAUACCCUGUUACGCCGUCCACUCGCGCUUUAGUGCAGUUUCUGAUACCAUUACACUGUACACUUAUUUUACUGCAGCCUGACCCAUUACACACUACACUCACUUUACUGCAGCCUGGCACAUUACACACUACACUCACUUUACUGCAGCCUGGCACAUUACACAUUACACUCACUUUAAUGCAGCCUGACCCAUUACACUCACUUUACUGCAGCCUGGCACAUUACACAUUACACUCACUUUACUGCAGCCUGGCACAUUACACAUUACACUCACUUUACUGCAGGCUGACCCAUUACACUCACUUUACUGCAGCCUGGCACGUUACACAUUACACUCCCUUUACUGCAGCCUGGCACAUUACACAUUACACUCACUUUACUGCAGCCUGGCACAUUACACAUUACACUCACUUUACUGCAGCCUGGCACAUUACACAUUACACUCACUUUACUGCAGGCUGACCCAUUACACUCACUUUACUGCAGCCUGGCACAUUACACAUUACACUCACUUUAAUGCAGGCUGACCCAUUACACUCACUUUACUGCAGCCUGGCACGUUACACAUUACACUCCCUUUACUGCAGCCUGGCACAUUACACAUUACACUCACUUUACUGCAGCCUGGCGCAUUACACAUUACACUCACUUUAAUGCAGCCUGACCCAUUGCACUCCCUUUACUGCAGCCUGACCCAUUACACUCUCCAUUCUCAUGCAUUACAGCAGUUUCUGAUACCAUUACACUACACUCAUGUUACUAGUCUCUUGAUACCAUUACACUACACUCACAUUACUACAGUCUCUGAUGCCAUGACACUGUACACUCACCCAAGUUACUGCUAGCAGUACCCCUGACCCUCAGCCCUCACUCUCCCUCACUCUUGCCCAUUCGGUCCUGCUGUAUCCAGCUUGUCUUGGGCAUACAUUUUGGCUCGCUCAGUUUGUUCCUUGCGAAUAGUGUCAGCCUGACAUUUAUUUUGCACUGGGAGGUUGUUUUUCAUUUUAGUUUUUUGCCUUCAUCCAUAGCCCUGACUUAAGAAUACUUUUCCCCGCAUGCAUUUAGGCGAAGGGAUGUAGAAGAAUCGGUUACAUGAAUGUUUCAAGUUCUGCAAGUAAUGACUCCAUUCAAUGGCCCAUCUCUUUUCAAGCUUGCUUGUACUGUAGCAGAAACAAAAUCUAUGGAAAUUCCCUAUUGAAACGGCAGGCAAAUAUCAUUUGUUUAACUCAAAUAUAUGAAUAAGAUUAAAUGAAUGUGACAUGCUUGUUUAAUAUACGGUUGCAUUGCUUCAUUUCCUAGCCUUUUGAUGACAUUGUAUUUGCUUUUCCAUCUUUGAUCUGUUAUUCUUGGUCUUUUAUACACUUAGUGAUGUUCCUGUAGAAUAAGAAGGGAGUCGGCCAUUACAUUUACGAAACCUUGACCCAGCAGGUUCCAGGUGUUCCCAGCACUGCCAUGUUUUAAAUGAGGUCCCCCUGUAUCGUCUCAAUGCAUUAUGCUGAACUUUUUUUUGUUUGUUUUCCAUACACAACUUUGUGUUGAGGAGUUACUGUCAUUGGACAUUUGCCAAGCUAAAAUGGUUGUACUUUACAAUUCCCAUCAUUUACGUCCAAGGCAAAGUGCUUUGAAGCAUGUGUGCUUAAUUCUCCAGUCUCUAGUGUCUUUAGACUCAAAUCUACAGGUGUAUGUCCCGUAGGUUGCUACAAAUGUAUAUCCUGUAGAAAUGGUUGAUGGUCCAUGCAGAAAUUGUUCAAGUGGUUGUAGGAAUUGUACAUUUUAUCCCCUAUCGUGCUUUUAAGUGGAACCUUUUUUAUUAUAAUUUUUCCUUUUAUAGUACAAGUUAAAUGAAGACUGAGGCCAGAUGUUCUUUUUGGGUUUGUUUGCUUGCUUAGUGUAAAUGUGCUUCUGAAAUUGUUUUCCUUUUUCCUGUAACUAAUUAACAUCUGAAACUGAAUUUCCAGUGUAAUUCAGAUAAGUGGUGAGCGACAGCUUUACUGUGUUCCUGUGCUGACUUUGCUACUGUGCUGGUGAAGCAUUGAUGGCUGGGGUUUGCCAAGUGAAGCAUGCUGGCUGAUUUGAGGAUUUCCUAGAGAUUCAAAUCCCCUAGGAAUGCUUCAAAUCCUCAAUUAUUUUCUGGAGUGUUUUAAUAUUUCAGUUUCUGUGUGGUUUUGAUUGUUCCAGACAUUGUAUGUGUGUGUUACUUUUUUCUUUUUUGGUUUUAACCAUAUCUUUGGUUGGAUCCAUUUCCUAUAAUGCAUUCAGCCUGAGACCACUGCUUUCAGGCAUGGUUUUCUGUAUCAACAGGGCUACACGUUGAACAAAGUGCCUCAGAGCAUAAACAAAACAGGACUCAAAUUAGUUCCCGAUUGUGCAAUUCCAUCUAGGAAAAUUCACUUGCAUUACCCUUAGACAAUUCCGAUCUAUUGAAAUUGUGUUUGGGUGUCCUCAAAUGGGAUGUCAACGUUUUGGGCCAAAUAAACACUAAAAUUGAAAUAUUAAAAACUCCAUUAAGUGAACUAUCCCUUUGAUGUCAUGCAAAAUGUCCCCUUUGUUAUUUACUGUUAAGGGGGGGAUCUCUAACUUUAAAGGCUGUCUUUUGAUUUGGUUGUGAAGGCCUUACGGCAUCAAUGUUACAUGUGGUGAAAUGCAUUCUCAUAAUUGUUAUUUAUUUGAAAUUGUUCAUUCACAGCUAACCUCAAAUUGGUUCCCUCACCCUGUCAAGUUUAUGCAAUGUUUUAUUUUACUGGAAAAGAAUCUGUAAUUAUGCCAAGGCCAAUUGUCAGACCCAUGAAAGGAUCACUUUUGCCUCAAAUAAAAUCUUCUGUUUCUGA